CGCCGCCGGCAGCCCCGCCGCCGCCGCCGCCGCCGCCGCCGCACCCGAUGGACGUCCGCCGUCGACCCGCCAGGCACCUCGAUGGCCCCGUCAGCCCCGGGGCCAAGCAGCACCGGGGCGUCGUCGUCGUCGGCGGCGACGACGCGUCGUCCCUCAAGGCGUCGGACGCGCUGCCGCUCCCCCUCUACCUCACCAAUGCCGUCUUCUUCACCCUCUUCUUCUCCGUCGUGUACUACCUCCUGUCGCGGUGGAGGGAGAAGAUCCGCACGUCGACGCCGCUCCACCUGGUGACCCCCGCCGAGAUGGCCGCCAUCGUCGCCUUCGUCGCCUCCUUCAUCUACCUCGUCGGGUUCUUCGGCGUCGACUUCGUCCAGUCCCUCAUCCUCCGUCCCGCCGGCGACGUGUGGACCGCGGACGAGGAGGAGGAGGACGAGGUCGUGGGCGCCGGGGCCGAUCACGAGAAGAUCCUCCUCAGGGAGGAUUCCCGCAGUUCGCCCUGCGGCCAGGCUCUCGACUGCGCGCCGGUCGUGCAGAAACCAAAGCUUGUCGAUCCGGUCGUGCAGGACGCCCCGAAGGAGAAGGUGAUCGAGGCAGUGCCCAGCGCUUUGCCCGAAGAGGAUGAGGAGAUUAUCAAAUCGGUUGUCGAGGGAAAGAUGCCGUCGUACUCGCUCGAGUCGAAGCUUGGGGACUGCAAGAGAGCGGCUGCGAUCCGGCGCGAGGCGUUGCAGAGGAUGACGGGGAAGUCCCUCUCGGGAUUGCCCUUGGAGGGGUUCGACUACGACUCGAUACUGGGGCAGUGUUGCGAGAUGCCGGUUGGAUAUGUGCAGAUACCGGUGGGGAUUGCAGGGCCACUGUUGCUCGACGGGAGGGAGUACUCGGUCCCGAUGGCGACCACCGAGGGGUGUUUGAUAGCGAGCACCAACAGGGGCUGCAAGGCCAUUUUCGUGUCCGGUGGUGCAACCAGCGUCUUGUUGAGGGAUGGGAUGACGAGGGCUCCUAUCGUCAGGUUCGCCACGGCGAAGAGGGCGGCUGACCUCAAGUUCUUCCUGGAGAAUCCCGCGAAUUUCGACAGCUUGUCCGUCGUUUUCAACAGGUCCAGUAGAUUUGCGAGGCUCCAAAACAUCAAGUGUGCGAUUGCUGGAAAGAAUCUGUUCAUGAGAUUCUCCUGCAGCACGGGAGAUGCGAUGGGCAUGAACAUGGUCUCGAAAGGAGUCCAGAACGUUCUCGACUUCCUCCAGAACGACUUCCCCGACAUGGACGUCCUCGGGAUCUCCGGGAACUACUGCUCCGACAAGAAGCCGGCGGCGGUGAACUGGAUCGAGGGGCGAGGGAAAUCCGUGGUCUGCGAGGCCACCAUCAAGGGCGAUGUGGUGAGGAAGGUGCUGAAGACCAGCGUCGAGGCCUUGGUCGAGCUCAACAUGCUCAAGAACCUCACUGGCUCCGCCAUGGCCGGGGCUCUCGGAGGCUUCAACGCCCAUGCAAGCAACAUCGUGGCAGCCGUCUAUAUUGCCACGGGUCAAGAUCCCGCCCAGAACGUGGAGAGUUCUCACUGCAUAACCAUGAUGGAGGCCAUUAACGAUGGAAAGGACCUUCAUGUUUCUGUCACCAUGCCUUCUAUUGAGGUGGGUACCGUUGGAGGUGGGACUCAGCUCGCUUCCCAGUCAGCAUGUCUGAACCUGCUCGGCGUGAAAGGCGCCAACAAGGAAUUGGCGGGAGCUAACUCCAGGCUCCUGGCCACCAUCGUGGCCGGCUCUGUCCUUGCCGGUGAGCUCUCUCUCAUGUCCGCCCUCGCGGCGGGGCAGCUCGUGAAUAGCCACAUGAAGUACAACCGAUCCAGCAAAGAUGUUGCCAAGGUUACCGCUUAAUCUAACGCGAGAAAACACAAAAGACAUCCGAAAGAAGAAAGGGCGUCGGAAGAGGCCUCGAUUGUGUUUGUAUAAGGCAUCCCAAGAAUAGUGGGGUAUAUAAAACAGCUCUUUAGAUCCAGGGUCGGAGGAAAACAAAAGGAAAGCUUGCGGAGAAGAAACUGGGACUCAAAAGAGUCAAGUUUGUGAUACUGUGUUACUUUCUUUAUCUUUCUUUCUUUCUUUCUUCUCAUAUUUGUUCUGUUUUCUUUCCUGAAUUAAGAGGCAAUGUAAGAUUGUCCUGCAAAUAUUGUAAAUCGUCGAUAAAGUUCAAUAGCAAUUUCCUUCCUCUCCAAA